UAAAUCUCGAAUCAAUUUUAUUGUAUUUGGGGUACUUGUUUUCUCUUCGUCACUAUGUCUGUGCAGACCCUUCUUAAAGCCCAGGGGCUUCGCCAACUGAUGCUUCAAAACACAAAAUGUAUGCGGCUUUUGGAUGCGUCCUGGCAUCUCCCAUCAGAAAAUCGUAAUCCAAAGGACGAAUUUUUAGCUCAUCGGAUCCCAGGGGCUAAGUUUUUUGACAUAGACGAAUGUGUCGACAAGUCAUCACCUUAUGAGCACACGUUACCGAAAACCGAAGAUUUCUCAAAUUACGUUCGAAGUCUAGGAAUUAACAACGAUAGCCAUGUUGUUGUUUAUGAUCACAGUAAAGUUGGGUUAUUCUCGGCUCCUCGAGUUUGGUGGAUGUUCCGUGCAUUUGGGCACGAUCGGGUAUCGAUUUUGGAUGGUGGAUUUUUAAAGUGGAAGGCCGAGUCUGAUUACCCUAUUUCAUCAGGUCCAGAGGAUGUAGUCGAAAUUGAAGCAGAUGGUGAACCAUUCAAAGCUACCUUAAAUCCAGGCAUGUUCUGUGACUUUGAUUUUGUGAAGGCCAAUUUUUCAGACCCACACAUACAAGUAGCCGAUGCACGAUCUCCUGGCAGGUUCCUUGGAACUGAAACAGAGCCACGCCCAAACUUUCCAUCUGGUCAUAUUCCACAUUCAAAAAGUCUCCAUUAUGCCAAAUUCUUAGAACCCGAAACAAAGCUAAUGAAAGAUCCAGAGGAGUUGAAAAAAGUAUUUGAUGAAGCAGGAAUUGAUCUUCAAAAUCCACUUGUUACAACCUGUGGGUCAGGAAUCACAGCUUGCAUCAUAGCUUUAGGAGCACAUCUAUGUGGAAAGAGGGACACUAUGGUGUAUGAUGGGUCAUGGGUGGAGUGGGGACAGCGAGCUUCUCCAGAUAUGAUAGAAAAGAAUUAAUCGCACACCCUUUUGGUCCAAGGCAGACCUGAUAACAAAAAGUGUACCAUAAAAAAGUAAAUUUGAAGGGGAGAGGG